CGCUCAACGCCAGCGCGCACGCUCAUGGGCAUGGCGCACGCGCAGACAAGCGUGAACGUCCCCGCUCCCCAGGCCCUGCUUCUCUGCGCGCGUGCGCAAAAGGUGGCGGGCCCAGCGCAGAGUUGGGCGGGGCGUCUCCCUGGCUCCGCCCCUUCGCGCUCCGUCCCGCGGCGGCCCGGCUUCCCUCGGAGCCACUUCCCCCACUUCCUCUCGGUCUCGCCGGCCUUCCUGCGGUUUCGCCGCGGCCGUCUGUUCCGCAGUGUGUCGAUCGGCGUGCGCGGGCGGCGGCGGGAAGAGGUCGGCAAAGGACGAGGGGGUGGCGAAGGGCGCGCGGUCCGAGGGCACGACGAUCCCUGCAGGGCCAGCCUCCGGCCCACGCCGACCUACAGUUCAGCUUCCACUCCCGCCGGAGUGGAUGCCUCGCGUGGCUGCGCCCGGAUGAGUUGCGCGGUGCCGGCCGGAGGCGGGGGGCCAGGGGAGUCUGUCCACAGGAACCAGCUUCUUGCCCUGACCCAUAGGACUGCGCCCACUCCCUCCAGCAGCCCUUACAUCCGGCCAGACUACGCUGCAUCAGGACUUCCAGGGACCCCCUUCACUGACCCUGAUCAUGGAUUCAUCAGCAACCAUGACAGGUGUCCAAGACCAUGACCAGAAACUUCUGAACAAUUCUGGUAAUUCCUCAUUAAUGACUGGUCUGACCCAUCAGGUAUAAUGACCAAUGUCCUGUGGCCCAUUAAGGAUUGAUCAGAGAGCCCAAUGGUGGUUAUUAUCAAGUCCCUAUUAAUGACUCCAAUCAAGGUUUCACUGAUGAUGUGACCAAAGUUCAAUGACCAUCAGUGACCCAUAAAUAACUUUGAUCAAUAUCCUCA